UUUCCCUUUUUUCGCAGUGCCAUAGACUGCUAACUGAGAAACAGCUAGUUUCUCUUUUAGACAAACACCUCUCUUUUUGACAGGUUGUUUAAUGGAUAAGAAACUCGACUCCCGCGUUUGCGUUUCACAUUUUGUCGGCUUCCCGGGCUUUCUACAACUCUUUCAUGUCAGCUUGUGGUAGACUCCCGGCAGGCCUCUCUGUUCACCGGGGGAGCAUCAGUACUCACGCCGCCCUAGGGUGCUUGCCGCUCGGCCACUGAGGCAGCAUGGGCCCGGUGUAUCGCUAGCCUCUGGAUAAAAGCUGGCAAAUUUAGGGGAAGUGUUUUAGCUUGGAUGCUUCUGCUACCGGUGACUGGCUGUCACAAUGAACGGCCCUCAGCAGAGCGACUCUAAGAGGCAGCACCUCCUGGAGAGGCUGCUGGACGCUGUCAAACAGUGCCAGAUCAGAUUUGGAGGAAGGAAGGAGAUCGCCACAGACUCAGACAGCAGGGUGAUCUGUCUGUGUGCUCAGUUCGAGGCGGUGCUGCAGCACGGUCUGAGGAAGACUCGGGGUCUGGCUCUCACCGCCGCCGCUCUGAAGCAGGCCGCGGGAUUCAGCACCAAGACUGAAGCAGAGUUGACAUUCUGGUUCUAUGUGAAGGAGCAUCUGAACCGCCACGAGCAGCAGCGCUUCUACUCGCUGCGUCAGAUCUCCUCGGAGCUGGGCCGCGGCCGGGCCUGGCUGCGCUGCGCUCUGAACGAACACUCGCUGGAGAGAUACCUGCACACACUGCUGUCUGAGCGGCCCCGCCUCGGGACUUAUUAUGAAGACUGGGCUUUUAUUCUGGAUGAGGAGAGAGCCAGCAUGCUCCCCACCAUGGCUGCAGGUCUGAACUCCAUCCUGUUCGCCAUUAACAUCGACAACACGGACCUGAAUGGGGGGGUGGCGCGGGCCGGCGGCUCCACGGUGACAGACCUCCUGAAGGAGUCGACGCAGGGUAUCGGCAGCCUGUGGAAGGAGUCGACUCAGGGGGUGAGCAGCCUGCUGAGGGAGAUCAGCACCGCCACCGCCGUGGUGCCAGGCUUCACCCCCCGGGGAGAGGGGGCCUCCGACCCGCUGCCUGUCCUCCCCCGCAGCAGCUCUGCUGACUCGGGGCUGAGGAAGGAGCGGCGGAGGAAAAAGAAAAUCACCAACAUCAUUUCCUUUGAUGACGAUCUGGACGUAGGAGCGGAGGAUGAGGAGGAGGGAGAGGAAGACCUCCAGAAGCUGAGCGACAUGAGGAAGAGCCUCACCGCUCUGGCUCAGAGCAGCGUGGAGGAAGGCGUGGAUCCUUUAGAGCCCGAGUUCUCCGAGUCCCGGACCCAGAAUGGCCUCUCUGAGCCGGGUAUAGUCAGCUGGGUGGGGUCCCCUCAUCCCUGCCGCACCCCACCACCCACUGCCUCACCUCCUCUGCCCGACAGAAAGAGUAUAGACAACGAAGAGGAGGAGGAGGAGGAGGAAGAAGAGGAAGAGGAGGAGAUGUACAAACCCAGAGCACAGUCCCAGGAGGAGGAGAGGAGGAGCUCUGAUCAGCUGGUGGUGGGCAGCCUGUCCAGUGUGUCCACAUGGAGCCCCCUGCAGGUGAAGAAGACGCAGCCAAUCAGCGCCGACAUCCUCAUCCCUCUGAACCCUGCACACUCUCAGACAGUGAGUCCCGUGGAGGACUCGGCUGCGUUUCCUGCGCAGAAUGAGUCAGCAGGACUGGUGGGAAACUGUGAGAGCGACAGACCGCUGCUAUCGUUCAACAUGGAGUCCAGCCCACCGCAGCAGUCUGCUCCUCUCUCCAGCAUGAUGCCAACAUCCAGCCUGCCAGAGUCGAUGACAGUCGUGGAGCUGCGUCAGGCCAUCGUCGCCAUGAUGAACAGGAAGGACGAGCUGGAGGAACAAAACACGUCUCUGCGCAGUCUGCUGGACGGGGAGAUGGAGCACUCGGCCAGCCUCAGGCAGGAAACCGAUCUGCUGAAGAAGAAGCUCUCAGAGCUGGAGGAGAGACACAGCGCCAAGGUCCAGGCGCUCGCCAGGGAGAACGAGGUCCUGAAGGUCCAGUUGAAGAAGUACGUGGGGGCGGUGCAGAUGCUGAAGAGAGAGGGCAGCCAGGGCAAUGAUGCUCUGUCGGUGUUGCAGUCGAGUGAAGAGCAGGCCCCCGUAACGCAGAAUAAAUCCAUGGGGGACAUCGAGGAGCUGGCCGCCAGCUACGAACGCAAACUCAUAGAGGUGGCCGAGAUGCACGGUGAGCUGAUAGAGUUUAAUGAGCGCCUGUACCGUUCCCUCAUGUCCAAAGACCACCUCAUUGUCCAGAUGAGACAGGAACUCAUUGACCUGAGAGGCCCGGUUCCAGGUGAUUUAAGCCAGACGUCAGAUGACCCCAGCCUGUCAGAUUUUGAGACGGCUCAUCGUGCUCUCAUCAACGUGUGGAUCCCCUCUGUGUUCCUGCAGGGCCGAGCUGCAAACGCCUACCACGUCUACCAGGUGUACAUCCGGAUCCUGGACAACGAGUGGAACGUGUACCGGCGUUACACCGAGUUCAGAGAGCUCCACAACCACCUGAGGACCCAGUUUCCACAGGUGGACACCUUCAGCUUCCCCCCGAAGAAAGCCAUAGGGAACAAGGAUGCCAAGUUUGUGGAGGAGAGAAGGAAGCAGCUGCAGGGCUACCUUCGCAUGGUGAUGAACAAACUGAUCCAGACGCUGCCGGAGUUCACAGCCCGGCCCACCAAAGAGACCCUGCUGUCUCUGCUGCCUUUCUGUCUAGACACGCCACAGGCCAACGACGGCGGAGCCAAGACGCCUCGCUCCAAAACGUCUUCCCGCUUCCCCAGACUGGGUCGCAGCCGCAACCAUGAGACCAGGACCGAUCCCCAGAGUGGAGACCUUUAACCCCCCGGAGCCUGAGGACUAUUUAUUUGUCUCUGUAUAGAUGAGAGCAGUGCUGCGUCACUACGGCCAGUAAGAUCUGUGGCUUCAGGCUCCACAGAGAGGACGAAAAGCCUUAUCAAUAAGACCCAGUUAGUCAAUACGUCUGAGGAAAACACCUAAUCACAGAACCAUUAUGAUCCCCUAUUCUUUCAAAUUAAACCAUAAAUCGACGUGUUCAUCGAUCUCAAAGGACAUUGUGUAAUUGCCUGACUGACCAUCAUAUUUGGGCUCCAUGAAGGAACGAAAAUGUACAGUUCUCUUAAUUUCUUGAUUGGAUUGACUUCAGAAUCUGUAUUUACCGCCAGUCAAGCGACAGCCAAUGUUUUCACCCAAAAAGGGGCGCGGCUAAAUGGGUUGCUGUCUAUCGAUAGGCUGAUGACGACGUUUCCUAUGUGGACAUUAACGAUGCCUAACGGACCUUCAAAGUGUUACUCAUCAAAGCCUCUCUAUGAGAUAAAUGUAUGUGCAUCGCCUGGGUGAGUGUGGGAUGAAUGACCAGCCUCCUACACACGGACCCAAUCCUACAGCACCUCUUACCUCACUGAGAGACAAAGACUCUGCACAUGAACUAACCGGGACGGCUCAUCUCAAACACACUGAGGAGACAGAAAUGUAGUUUUCUUUUCUACGUUUUUUUUUAAGUGGAAGUGUUACAGUCUCAGUGCCUGCAUUGCUUUGUAGCUGCUGUCCUGGUAGGUAGAGAGGCGGGUAUAUUAAAGUAUUAUCCUGGGAAAUGAAUGUUGUUUUUCAGCGUUAUGGUGCCAUUACAUUACAGACGAUGAUUCACUGUCUCUGGCGUGGACCACGAGGAAGUCCUUGUUCCUCUUUCUCUUUAUUACAGAUACUCUGAAAGUGUAACAUAUCUGAAUGUGUCCAGGGGUGCAGCACUGACUAAAACAUCUUUUAAAAUUCCACAUAAUGAGCGUUUUAAUAUGUCAGGGUUAAGCACCACUGAUAUAACCAACCUCUCUCUGGGACUGUACCAAAAAUUGUUGGGGUGAAGAAGAAGGGGGGUUUAAUCUUAAUCAGGGUUAUCAAUAUUUUAUUUGGACCCUGGAAAAGUGCAUCUCCAACACCCUGUCCCUAUUACAAAAUAAAAGAGGCACGGAAUUAAAUUAUUAAAAUCCUAAACUGAGAGGAUGUAACUUAAGGCUUACUAAAUGAAUGUGGAAUUAGACAUCUUUAUUAGUUAUUUGCAUUUAUAACUUCUAUCCAAAAUGUGAUUAAUUUGCAGUAAAAAAGCGGUUACAUUUCACCUAUUGGCUAGCACUCCAACACAGUACGUUAUAGGCGAAGGGGCGGGACAUCUCUAAGCUGUUGACCAAUCACAACAGAGCCGGCCAGCUAACCAACCAGAGCAGACUGGGCUCUGGUUUCAGUCAGAGGGUGAAAAGAAGGGGACGCAUGGAGACAAAAUACUAAUAUCAAGCUGAAAAUGUGCAUAGUAUAUUGUCCUUAAACAAAACUAAACUCCUUUUCAACCUUGAAAUAAAGACAGCAUCCUCCCUUGACCUUUCAAAAUAAAAGCCCUUACAUAUUUAAUAUUCUAAGGCAAAUUACUGAGUCAUUUUUUCAUCCCACCCCAAUUAAUUUUUGGUGAGUCCCUUAUUGAUAAAGUUAAUUAAAGGCCAUCAUUACGCUGUUUCCUAUCUGUUGAAUAUUUGCAGACACCUGCCGUCAUGUGUCUGAUCAUUCUGUGUGUGUUUUUUGAGCAGAAAGAAAGGGAGACAUUACAACACAAGGGUAAGCUGUGUUUCAGUCGGUUUACAAUCAUCCCCACGAUGCUGUUCUUCAUCAGAUGUUUAAAGAAUGUUAUACUAAUGUGUCUUAGCAGGACUUAAUGCAGCGUAAUGUUGCAAAUAAAUGUUUUAAUGAGGACUAAACACUUGAAGGAAAGCUGCUUGUUAGAGUGCAACGGGAAAAGGCUGCUGCGCAUCAAGUGUGUGUAAAACAGAAGCUCAUGCAUAUGUAGGGAUUACCCGGGAGUAGACUGUGUUCAAACGAGGACUGAUUGUGUCGGAAGGGUGUCGGAAAACUUGAAUCAAAGGGUCGACGUGCAGAAUGGUAAACACCGUUCACCGUCUAUAAGGGGAGGGGAACAAACAAGGCGUGUGGGUUUUAAUCAAGUUGUUAUUCUCACACAGAAGUGACCCUCACAGGCAUCCAUCGACUGGUGAGCGCUGCGCAGGGUUGUUAGGGGAGUCUCACAGGGACGGAGUCAAAUAAAGGUUUUCAUCAUCGAAGCUCUUUAAGAUUCUGUGUGUGGUCAACGUGUGGGGAGCUCUCCAAAAGAAAAUCUGCAGAGGAAAAGAAAUGAGAUGACAGAAUUAUUUACAGAGUCUAAAGAGCAUCACACAUUUACCAAUGGCUCUGCUGAUGCACCCUGUCAAGGACAUGUAAUGCAAUUUAAUGGAAUUCUUUUUAUUAAAGACUUUUCUCUGCUGUGAUACAGUAAAACACCUAAUAUUGGUCAUAUUUUAAGUCUAGCACUGCCUUUUAUGCAUCUGAUAAAAACAGUAAUGUACUGUAUUCUGUAUAAACUGCUUACAAACAAUAUCAUCAACCCCAAGUCUCCUGUUAGAUGUCUCUUUUUAUGGUGAAGGUUUGUCUCUGGAACAAGUUGUGGGUCUGAUUUUUCUGCACAACUAUCCAUAUUGUAUGUGUGGUGAUGCACAGUGAUUAUGCACAGGACCAUCUGUCUUUAGAAGAGCAGAGCACUCUACCAUAGCACUGUCUGACUAACAAUGGGAAGUUUUCAAAAAAGAAUCGAUGCAGUAAAACCAUUAAAACAUUGUCUCUUUUUU